AUGUCUCUGGACUCGGCGUCCUCUCUCGAGAGCAACGCAACCGCUGGAUUAGUUGUCUUCCCUACCUUUGCGGAUCUGGAAAGCGUCCGUGACGUCCAGGAGCAGGCCUACGAGGUCCACGAUGUCGCCGACGAUGUGCAGGCGCAGGUCGAGGUCGGCGCGAGCAACAAAACCAGCCUCGCGCUCGGUCCCUACGCAGUCACGUUCGAUCCGCCGCGAAGAAUCAGCGUCUACGAAAAGCACGAGGUUGUCGUCCAAGUGUCCUUCGCUAUGCCGGGUGAUCGGUUGAUCACGGUGAGCAGCGCCGACACGGGCGUAGCCACGGUGGACGUGUCGAAGGUGUACCUGCACUCGGAGACCAAUGGUAACGGCUUCAACGUCACUGUUCGCGGGGUCUUCGUCAGCUACACCAAGCUCUACUUCAAGAUAUGCGAGCUGCAAGGUGACGUCGAGAACCACUGCAUCGAACUGAGCUACGUGGUCGCCGUGCUUCGGAUGCGCACGGUACUGCAGAAGGGCUUCCCCGUGGUGGUCGGCUUCUUGCUGUUCCUCAACUACAUCAACAUGGGCUGCCAGGUAGACAUGGCCGCCAUAUUGGAGUGUCUGAAACAGCCGCUGGCGCCGAUCAUAGGCUGCCUCUGCCAGUUCAUCUUCAUGCCCCUGGCGUCCUACUGCAUUGGCCUUCUGAUCCUGGACGACCCCCUCCAGUGGUUCGGCAUCUUCUUGCUGGGCUGCUCGCCAGGGGGCAGCGCGAGCAACCUCUGGACUCUGGUGUUCAACGGCGACCUCAAUCUUAGCAUCACCAUGACGUUUAUCAGCACCAUUGCGAGCGUUUUUAUGAUGCCCCUGUGGGUGUUCGUACUGGGAAACCAGAUGUCUAAAGAUGAGACCCAGGCGAUGAGCAUCCCCUACGUCAACCUCAUCGCCAGCCUGGCGAUUCUCGCAGUGCCGCUGGCCAUCGGCCUACUCAUCCAGCAGCUAAGGCCUAGGUUGGCUCUGACGUUGCAGGAGUUCUGCAAGCCCCUCACCAUCUUUGUACUCGUCAGUCUGCUGAUCCUGACAGCGACAGUCCAGAGGUACAUCUUCCAGCUUAUAACGUGGCAGGCAGUGGUGUGCGGCGCGUUGAUAUCCUGGAGCGCGUACAUCGCCGGCACGCUGUCCGCUCUGGCGGGGGGCCUCAAUCGGGCGCAGAUCAUCGCCUUGGCCAUCGAGGUCGCCUUCCAGAACAGCGGCGUUGCCAUCGUCAUCAUGUACACGUCACUUCCGCGACCCGACUCAGACCUGGUCAUCGUGCCCGUCGUUUACCAGUCGAUCCUGCAGGGAGUCCCGCUCUACGUGAUCCUCGUGGCGUACAGGAUCCGGGCGGCUUGCGUCUCCUCCGAGCGUGCGUACGUGAGCGAGAAGGCGCUCACGGGAGCGAUCACCUCCAAGCCGGAAAUGGUCACCGCGACCCGUUCGGAAGUCGAGGGCGCGAAUGACGCCUAG